AUGCUCCGACAGAAGAGCUUGGAAGGGACCGGAAAUACCAAGAGAUUUCAAGCCCAAAAGGAGAAGGGGUUGGCCCCAUCGGAGCUGUUCCACCAUCGGCCCGAUUACGGCGUGUUGAUCUGCACCACUUGUCACUAUGCGAUCCAACCUGGAGCGAUCCGGCGUCAUCUGAAAGAUAUCCAUCAUCUUCAUCACGAGAAAAGACGCCCUUAUAUUACAUAUACCAAGGAACUUAAGCUUAAGAGACCGGAGGAAGUGCAGUCGCCUCCUCCAGACGAUUUCCCUGUACCGCAGUUGUCAGUCGAGAAGGGAUGGCGAUGUUUGGCGCCGGGCUGCAAUUAUCUGUGCGCUUCAAAUAAACGAAUGGAAAAUCACUGGCCCGCAGUUCAUGCCAAGAAGGGCAAUCCGGAGACUGACUGGCAUUUCACAUUACUGCAGACAUUUUUUCGCGGUAGAAUGCUACGCUACUUUACCGGACAGAAUCAACGACAACUCCAGAACACACGGGAUAAAUCAGGUCAAAUAGCAAAACCCCAAGAGGUUGCAGUCAGCCAAGAUCAACGACUGGAAAAAUCGUUGGUAAAACGUCUACAAGAAAAGUACCACCUAGAUGCGCUUGAUUCUCAAUUGCUGAGACAUUAUUUCGACUCUUCAUACAAAACCUUUGUGACCAACAAGAAAACCGAGAAUGUCUGGAUUGAAGUCGUACCAGGACUUGCUUGUGAUAACAAAUUUCUUUUACAAGGAAUGCUAGCCUGCACGGCUUUGCACGUGGCACAUUCAAAUCCAGCCAAGCGCCAGAAAUACACACUUCGAGGAUGCUGCCACCAAGAGGCCGCUAUACCUGAGUUCCGCAAAGCCAUUGAGAACCCAACGGAGGAUAAUUGCGACGCAAUCAUCGCAUUUGCCUAUCUCCUCGUGGUAUACUCCUUAGCAACCGACCUUGAACAGUCCAGCAAUCCCCUCCUUAUAAUUGAUGCCAGCCCAUCCAACACUCAACAGAUCCUCCCUUCCUGGUUACAUUUCAUUCGCACUGGCUGUUAUAUGCUUAAAGAUGUCUGGCACCGAAUUGAAAGUGGCCGCGCCAGCAUCUUGGCAGCUGCCUGGGAGAGGAACUUGGAUGUUAGCGAUAAAGAGAAACAAUCUCAUUUGGAUGUUUUCCUGUCUAUCAUCCCCAAGGAGGAUGAUUGGUCAGAAGAAAGCACAAGGGUGUAUCGCCAUGCAGCGAACCUUUUGGCCGAGUCAUUCGCGUAUGUCGAUCGCGCCAAGAAAACCAUUGGUUUAACUGCGUGGAAUAUACUUGGAACCUGGCCGAUGCACAUUGAGCAGAGGUUUUUCACCUUGACAUCGGAAAAGCACCCCGGGGCACUCAUUCUACUUGCACAUUACUGCGUGAUCUUAAAUCAAAUCGGGGACUGCUGGUACAUUGGGGCAAGACCCGCUAUACUGAUUGCAUCAAUUGCCCGGAUAUUGGACAAAAGGUGGCACCCCUACAUUCAAGGUGCCGUCAAAGAAGUUCUGGGACCAGGAGGUUUAGAGGCCAUGUGA